AUGCACCAGGGGAAGACGUCCUUCAAGAACAAGAAGGAGGCCGCGGCGGUGAUCUCCAGGGCUUGGCGAAAUGGACAGGCGACAUCCGGGGACCGGCUGAUGCUCUACACGGUGGUGAUGCUGGUCAAGGACAUCCAGCGAGUGUACCGCGGACACUUGGCGAGGGGCACCGCCGCCGCCCGGCUGAACAGCGUGUGCAAGCUGCAGGCCUGGCAGCGCAUGCUGCUGCUGCGCCGGCGUUUCAGGAAGAUGAAGGCCGCCGCGCAGCUGGUGCAGGCAGUAACUCGCGGGCGUAUCUGCCGCGUGGCCUUCAUGGUAGUGCGGGAGUUGGUCAUACUUGCGCAGGCGGCGGUUCGCGGGUGGAUAGAGCGCCGCGUCGCCGCCAAGCAGAGGAAGGCUCGCGUCGACGAACUCCGCGCACAGGCGAGUGGUGUUUGAGCUGUGGGUUCGGGCUUCGACUCCUCUGGUCUAUCGGAGCAAGUUUUGGGUCCUGUUUCAGGGGGGCGCUUUCCUAGACCUUGCCGUGCACGAAGACGAGGCCUUGAGGCUGUGGAGGGACUUGGGGUUGGUCGAGCACGAGAAGGAACACCUCGCUCGGGUGCACUUCAACCAGACCUUCACCUACGUGUCGGAGUGGCUCCGCACCACGAGGCCCACCUCCGCGGCGGGUAGCCCGCUGCUCACCAACGGCAAGGGGCGCUCCUUCGCCUCGUCC